UAUCCACUCAUUCGAAAUUCGUUAUUAUUUAUUACCUUUAAUAUAUUGAGAAACUACUGUAGUAUGAGUAGUAUGACGGCAAACGCCAAUGUCGCCAAUAAUAAUUUCCAAGCGACUACAAUUUAUGAUGUAGAUAUACCUGUUACGUUAUAUUAUUAUCACUUUCAGCUAAAAAUGUUGAGGUCUGUAUGUAAUGACUAAUGAUGGAAGGCCAAAAUAUUGGUGACUACUAACUUGUGAUGAGGAUUGUUGACUGGUUGUAUGUGAGCCAAUCUACCUUCAUACACCACYAACUGCAAAAUGGUUGACAAAUUGGACAAAUAUAUUGACAGUUACUCUAAAGAAUGGUAUCAGGUGUUUCUGCUAUUGAUGAUGGCCGGUACCCCAGGAAUAUUUAACGCUAUACAGAUUUCGUCGUAUGUGUUCUUAGUUGACAAACCUUCUUACUGGUGUGAUGUACCAGUUUUGAAAGCAGCAGGAUGGAGUGACCAAAUGCUCUUAGAUGUUUCUACACCGUAUCAAAAUUAUUCAUCACAAAAACUUGAARAAUGUUCUUAUUACAAUCGAAAUUAUUCAAUAUUUGCAAAAAACGGUUACAAUUGGUCAAUGAAUAAUUUAAAAUCUGCAGAUUUAAAACCUUGUCAGUAUUAUAGUUACAGUAACAGAGAAUCUGUUGUAUCUGAAUGGAAUUUAAUUUGUGAUAAUGUAGCAAUGAAAUCAAAUAUUCAAGCAGCUAUAGCUUUUGGAAAGUUUGUUGGUGGACUUUUAUUUGGUUCWAUUUCRGAUGUAUAUGGUAGAAAAAUUGCUUUCAAUUUGGCAGCUUUUAUUUACAUGUUUUCAGGAUCAUCUGCUGCCUUAAUUGAUUCAUAUGUAUUAUUUUUAAUUGCAAGAUUCUUGAUAGGURUAGCUGGAUCUGGAAUUUAUGAAUCAUCGUACACAAUAUUGACUGAGCUGACAAGUGGUAAAACUCGUACUUUACUUUGUCUUUUGAUGAAUAUGUCGUAUCCAAUUGGUUAUGUUUUGCUAUCAAUUAUUGCUUAUUAUGUACGGCCAUGGAGAAUGUUGCUUUUAGUUCUGUCUUUGCCUAUGUUUGGAUUGUUAAUACAAUGCUGGUAA